AGCAGCCCCGGCCGGUGCAGACAGAGUUCAGCACCAUGGAGAGCAGCGUGGUGCACAUCUACAAAGAGGACAGGUGUCCCCCGGGCCAGCUGGAGGAGUGUUUCCCAAACUUCACCUGGCAACCCGGCUCCUCGGACCUCUUCAACGACACACCCAACGGCACCUGGGACGCUGAACCCGAGCCCAUGUCGCCCAUCAUCCCCAUUAUAGUCGCCUUGUACUCCGUGGUGUUCGUGGUGGGUUUAGCGGGAAAUUGUUUGGUGAUGUUUGUCAUCAUUAGAUACACCAAAAUGAAAACAGCCACCAACAUCUACAUCUUCAACCUGGCUGUGGCCGACGCUCUGGUCACCACCACUAUGCCCUUCCAGAGCACCGACUACCUGCUCAGCUCCUGGCCGUUUGGCGAGGUGGCGUGCAAAGUCUUCAUCUCCAUCGAUUACUACAACAUGUUCACCAGCAUCUUGACCUUGACCAUGAUGAGCGUGGACCGCUACGUGGCCGUGUGCCACCCCAUCAAGGCCCUGGAUUUCCGCACGCCCGUCAAGGCCAAGAUCAUCAAUGUGAUCAUCUGGGUGCUGUCGUCUGCUGCUGGGAUCCCGGCCAUGAUACUUGGCAGCACGAAGACCAAUAACGGGACUACAGAGUGUGCCCUUCAGUUCCCUGAACCCUACAGCUACUGGGACACCCUGAUGAAGAUCUGUGUCUUCAUCUUUGGCUUUGUGUUACCCGUCAUCAUCAUCACCGUCUGCUACACGCUGAUGGUCAUGCGACUGAAGAGCGUGCGCCUGCUGUCAGGCUCACGCGAGAAGGACCGCAACCUGCGCCGGAUCACCCGCUUGGUUCUGGUGGUGGUCGCCGUCUUUGUGGUGUGCUGGACGCCCAUCCACAUCUUCAUCUUAGUCAAGGCGCUCUCUGGCAACGUGCCAGAGACCACCGCUGUCAUGGCCGCCUACUUCUUCUGCGUGGCGCUGGGCUACACCAACAGCAGCCUCAACCCCAUCCUCUACGCCUUCCUGGAUGAGAACUUCAAGAGGUGCUUCAGGGAUUUUUGCUGCCCUGGCGUCAAAGGACACAGAAACUCUCAUGGGUUGAGCCGGGUGAGGAGCACCCUGCGGGACCACUCGUGUCCCACAGAAGCCCGAGGAGAUAUGAGGCAGGCCAGGCCCGUAUGACUAUCCAUGGACUCCGAUGACCUGGGAUUGACUCAAGUCACCACUUCUAUCUGAGGGAACAGCUAAAGAGAGAGUUGUUAUUUAUUUAUUGGUCAGAGAAAGCAGAUUCACUGAGAAGAUAAUCUGGUGAUAGUCUUCUUAUUGUCAACUAAUCCCAUGAAAACCAUCACCGAAUUGAUCCUACUGGUUUGUCCAAAAACUAUUGACAUGGCAUGUUCCUUCAUUAUGAUGGACAUGAGCAUUUAUCUUAUUCUGUAUUAACCAAUGGAUGUAGAAAGAGAAGUGGACACCAUGUUGGAGGCGGUUCUUCUGACGAUCUUGGAGCCCAUAAGGCAUCCAUGGGGCCCAUAAGGCAAGCGCACUAGCGUUUUCUUUAACCCCGUCUCCGAGCCCUGGGAAGUUGAUUUACUGCAAAAAGAAACGGGGCCCAUGGCAUCACUUGAUGGACCCGGUAAUUGCCACAAUGAAAAAUUUGCUUUUCAAGCACUCUUCCUGAGGGCUUGAAUAAAUCCCACGUACACUGUCCUGCUGCCACAAUUACUCACUAGACAAUCAAUCCACCACUGACAAUAGUCCCCAACAAAUACACAAUUUACUCGUGUUAGAGUUAUAUUAGCACAAUCUACAGUACCCAGCUAUAUAUACAGUAUAUCAGAAAGUAUUGAGAAAACAGAUGAACAUGUUAUUGUUGUUGUUGUUGUUGUUGUUUUCAUGGGAUUUGUUGAUAUUUAGAAAAAUAUGGAAUAACACCUAUGUGACGAUGAUGUUCAAAGAUGCAUCUUAUAACAACCCAGCUAGAUACUAAAUCACUGAAUAUUGUUUCGUAUUGUAUAAAGCUGAAAUAUAACUCAAAACAGGUACUUUUUUUCGUGCUAUUUCUCACAUUGUUGAUGUCAACAAUGAAAAUAUGGUAAAAGAUGUCCAGCACAACACAAACCAAAAGUAUUUCAUUACGUAGCUUGAUCACAUUUUGUUUACCUGACCUGUAAAGUGUACUAUAGGCCUUCAUAUAAAGGUGAUUGAUACAGUAAAGUUCUCACAUGCAUAAAAAGAUCAACUGGUAUUUUGUGCAGAAAAUGAAAACAAGUAAUUGAUUUCUUUUGGGGGGGGACUUCAUUAUGAGCAUUGUUUUAAACCUGUUUUAUGUGAAUUGCAGUUUGGUGCUUUGCUGAAUUGUAAAUUCCUGAAUAGUCUAUAUAUUAUUGGAGAAUGCAGAAUAUUUAAUAACCUCUCAGGGAUCAUUCUCUAUAUUUCACCACAAGAGGAUACUGAACCAAAGUAUUUCCUUCUUGACAAGAUGGCUGUCUUUGAUGAGGCUACGGUGUCGAAACAGUGUGUUCUUAGAUGAACGUUGUGCUUUAAGAAACUAUUAUUAUAUUAUUGCAUCUGACACGGCUCCACACCUUUACAGAUUUCCAGCCGUGAUGUUGCAUUGAGGAGGUGUAAAAUAUUGUACAUAGCAUUGCCAUCCUGACAUGUUCUUGUCUGAACUACUAGUACAUGUGAAAACUGGGUAACAGGGCUCCAUUAGAAUACUAUACUGUAUCUACACAACAUGCCUUUGGGUGUUUAGUGCAAUUGAGUGUUUAUACUGUAAAUCUCUGCUCAUCUGAGGGAAUAUUAACAAUGCAUUUCGGAGUUCAUCCUCAUAAAAGCAAAAACAAACUGAUUUACUCUCUUGGUUUCCUUAAUUAUUGUAGCUUUAUAGGAGUCAUGAAAUCAAAGGCUUUUGUCGAGCAACACAUGAAUGUCUAUCUGUCUAAAUCUGAUAAUGAUACAGUAGUUAUAGCAGACAAUGUGUUUUUGUGCCUAGUUUUGUGUGCCUUAUUUGGCCUCUAGCUGUUAUGCUUGCUCUAAAAGAUCAGAAAUUAGCAACAUUCAUGUUUGUAAUUACUUUUUUCCCCUUUACGAGCAUUAAAGUAUACCCUGGUAUAAGUAUUGUAGCAUUAUCUCUAAGAAAAGUGAAGUCUUAUUGAGUACGCCCCACUGUUGCUUAUGUGUUUCUUAACUUUUCCUCUAAUACUGAUAUGAUGAUUGUAUUCAUAAACAAAUGAUCGAAUUCAGCCCAGGUUUGAGCACCAUAUACUGUGUGUAUAAUGUGCUGCUGCAUUGUAAAUUAACUGUAUCGGUUGGAUUUUUUGCCGUAUGUUUCCGCUAUUAACG